UUCUAUACGUGCAGCUGAGAUGCUACAGUCUCGCGAGAUGAGAUUUGUGACGUCGAAGUUAGGUUUCAGGCCGGAGCCGAUAAACAGGAGUUUAAUGGCGAUUCUUGACUGCGGGCUGUGUUAAGAAAAGCAGGACAGCAUAGACGAUACGCUUUAGGAAUUCUGGGUUUCUGCUCCAAGAAGAUUCCUCAAAAGUUCCUUUUGGGCUUAAAAAAAUUCUAAAUUUAUAGUUCGGGACUUGAUAUUUGUGCCUUUUGGCAUUUUAAGAAUCAAGGAAAAAAAAUAGUGCUACAAUGUCAAAGUCUUUUCAACAAUCAUCCUUAAGCAGAGACUUGCAACCCCAUCAUAGGCGUGAUACUACAGGAACAGGUCUUCUUACCGCUAAUCAGUCAUUAUCUAUUCCAUCUUCUCUUGGAAGAAUGAACCAAGGGACUAGCCGUAUUGCUAGUUUGAUGAGUUGUGGAACAAUUUCUAAAUUAAGUCAGCCAGGAUCUCAUCUAUCUAGUUCCUCUUCUCACAGCUUGCCAUCUGUCUUUAGCCUUGGUGCCAGAACUACUCCUCUAUCUUCUUCACUUCGAGGAGAUUCUGAUCCGGCCAGUAAAAUUUUGGCCAGCUUUGGUCUUUCCUCAAGGGAUUUGGAUGAGUUAAGCCGUUAUCCUGAGGAAAAGAUAACUCCAGAAAACUUGCCACAAAUUCUUUCGCAGCUUAAGAGGAGGAGGUCCGAAAGCAUUCCAUUGGUGAAUUACAGAGAUGGUAGAUCACCUCGGGAGCAGUUAAGGGUUCCUAGUGAGGAAUGGGAGGAUGAAAGAACUUACAGGAGAGGACGUUUUGAUGAUCGGCUUUCAAGCCUUAACUCAGUGGUUGACUAUGACCAUGGGAAUCAUGCACAAGAGUCUAACUAUCGUGAUAGAAUGGAAUUUGAAAGUGAUAGACUAAGAGAAAAUAAAAGGGUUAGUGAAGAUAAUCUCUUUCGUGAUCCCCCAUAUCAAAAAUUUGAAGAUGAUUAUGAGAGAUUGAGGUUCAGCAGACCACAAGAAAGAGCAAUCUAUGAAAACAACAGAGGUUAUCCCUCAAGUAGCAAUAUUGAGGAUUUCCAUGGAUUGUUACCCAAAAAUUACCCACAUGUCUGUUCUAUAUGUGAUAUGCCUGUUCAUUCGAAGCAGGAUUGGACUCAACAUGUCAGUGGACCCACUCACAGAAGACGCAGCCAGCUUCUACUUGAAAUCUAUCCUGACUGGAAUCCCGACUCAGGACAUGGAGUUAGGGGUGACCCAUAUGUGCUGCAUCAGUCUACUAACCCAGCACCAGGAAUUUUGGGACCUCCCCCUCCAGGAUUAAAUAUGGGAGGCGGCCAAGAUGGAGGUCGUAGAAGUCACAGAGGGCACCUGGAUCUGGGAAAUGAAGACAUACCAGGAGCAAGAAGCACCAUAAGAGACAGACAGGAUAACAGUAGAGUUGUUCAUGUCAUGGAUUUCCAAAGGGGGAAUCGCUUAAGAUACCAGCUCUUGCAGCUUGCAGAACCAUUUGGAGAAAUUAUAAAUCAUCUAAUUUUAAAAAAAAAAAAUGAGGCGUUUAUUGAAAUGUCUACAUCUGACGAGGCUCUAGCUGUAGUCGAUUACUACAGAACAAACACAGCUCUUGUAUUUGGACAACCAGUUCGAGUUCAUUUGUCUCAAAAGUAUAAGAGAAUUAUGACACCAGGUGACAAUCCUGAACCGAGACCUGAUGUGAAACCAGAUGUUGGACUUGUGCUUCAUCUGAGUAACUUGCCACAUUCUGGCUAUUCUGACAGUGCCGUAGUUAAACUUGCCGAGGCAUACGGAAAAGUAAAAACCUACAUAUUGAUGCGGAAGAAAACCCAGGCAUUUAUUGAAAUGGAGAAGGAGGAGGACGUACAGGCAAUGAUUGAGCAGUGUGAAAGAAAUCCACUCUGGUUUCAAGGGAAGCAUGUGAAAGUAGAACUGUCUGGAAAAUACAAAAGACUUGUUCUCCGGAUCCCAAACAAAGCUGUUGAUCAGAUUCAAAAAGACAAAAGCAGGAAAAGAGCACAUUCCCCUGAACAGAAGAAAGAAGGCUCUUCAGAUAAGAAAGUGGUGAAGAAAGAGGGCAGCCUGAAAGCUGGAAGCAGCAAUGCAGAAAGUAAUCUCUCUUCUGCUUCUGUCAAAGACAAAGACAAAUCUUCCCCUGAGAAAGAUUCUGAGGAACUCUGUAAAAAAACUGAGGAAGAGACAGAGCAGCAGGAACUUGUUACUGUUAUGGACGAAAGUGAUUAUUUAGUGGAUGAGGAUGGGGAGGAAGCAGCAGGCACACUCCUGGAGACCAGUAGCUCAGUUGGAGAUGACGUUGAGCAGCAAUAUAUUAGUGACCCCAAUUUCACAGAGAUGGAGGUAGAAAACAAACUGAUGAAAAACCCUGCCAGUGUCCCCGGUUCUACUGAAGCAGCACAUGAAAAACUAAAAAAGCGUUUGUAUGACUUCCCUGGCAAUAUAGAAGACUUUGUCACUCUUGAUGAAGUUGGAGACGAGGAAGACUUGGAAGGCCAAAAGAUAAAAUCUAGUUUUGCAGAAACUGUUCUUGAUUCAACACCCAAGAUUAAUGAAAGCUUAACCGACAUUAUGGCGAGCACAAGUGUUGAUGAGCCUGAGCCCGAGUCUGAGCACGAUAAUGAAGCCACUGUUGUGAAGGAGGAAGAAAUUGUUCAAGAUUCAGCGGAAAUGCCGGGCAACCUGGAAAGUCAUCAAAGUGAAAAUUCUGUUGAACAGAGUAAUGUAAAAGAUUUACUGAAGGAUUAUACCGUUGGCCCUUAUCUACCAGAUAAUCCAGUUGGUAUUGAAUAUGUAGUUCCAAAGACUGGCUUUUAUUGCAAGCUGUGUUCCUUAUUCUACACCAAUGAAGAGGUUGCUAAAGUUACACAUUGCAGCAGUUUGCCUCACUACCAGAAACUUAAGAAACUCAUGAACAAGAUGGCAAAAAAUCUUCAGAAGAAAGACUAACAAAGAAGCGGCAAGAAUGGAACAGUUGGAUUUUGUGGGGGGGGGGUGUUUUUUUUUACAUAAUUUCGUGUUUGUGCUUGUUUUUUUUUUUAAUUCUAUUAUAUUCUGGAUAUCAAAAGUACAAUUGGGUGUCUAGAGUUACAGGAAGCAUUUUAGUCCACCAAAAUAUGUGGUACAUGUUUUAUUGCUCAUUAACAUUUCUUGCAUUUCCCAAAUGUUCAAAUACUGUUGUAAACAGAUGUCAUCUCUUUAGUGUUAUUCAUAUAUAUAUUUGUAUGCUUCUGUCUCAAACACUCAGUCGAAAGAAUUGUUCUGUUUUAAUUUUAUUUUUUGAUUUAUCAUUUCCUAACAGAAAAAAACAGUAUAAAGAAAAAGCUUUUAUGACACCAGUGUUAUUUUAUAGGCCAACAUGUCGAUUGUUGAAGCAUGAAGUUCCUCCUAUGUAAUAGGCCUCAGUGUAUUAGUUAGACUCUUACAUGUUUUACAUCUCUUUCAGAACAAGGUUGCUUGACUUGUCGAUUU